CGUACACAUUUGUGAUCUACGCUGGACGACGACACUCAUAGCUUUGAUUUAAAUUUUAGUGACGAUAAUUAUAAUUCAGACGAGCGUGCGCCUCUCUUGCCGAAAAGUCGUCUAAAAUCGAGAGAUUCGGGAGUACGGCAGAAAAUAAGGCAGCUGACGUCUCAGCUGUUCGACGUGGAACAAUUUUCGUACCAGAGAUUAAAAUCGACACAGGAGCGCGUGUCACACCAAAACAAAUACACCAGUAGGAGCAGCAAGAAAACCAUGUCAGCAUCCUCAUCAGCAGCAAAUGCCGCGGCCGAUGCUGCGGCAGCACUUUCAGGAAAUUUGCAGUUGCCACCGCUGCGCACCUUGGACGACUUUGUGCUCGGGUCAGCACGUUUCCAGCUUCCAAACCUCAAGGACUUUGACAAGUGGGGCAAUCGUGUGGUAAAAAACUUACUCUACUACCAAACCAAUUACUUCCUACUCUUCUUGGCCAUAUAUGCGUUGAUGGUGGUUUUCAAUCCGGUUAAGAUCAUUAGCGGUCUCUUGGUGCAGGCUAUCAUCAUUGCCGUCAUCUGGCAGUUCUUCAGUGGCAAAUCUAAAUCGAAUUUUAUCGCCAGCCGCCUAAGCGGUGGAUUGGCCGCCCAACAAAAUGCUCAACAAAAGUGGUACAUUCUGGCCGGUGCUCUGCUCUCCUGUUACAUCUUCUUGCACUGCAUCAGCGCUGUGUUGCUGACCGCCUUCACCUUGCUGUUGCCCAUAUCGGUGACCUUUGUUCAUGCAUCGCUGCGACUGCGCAAUAUAAAGAACAAAUUGACCAACACAAUCGAAAGUUUUGGACCCACAACACCUAUGGGCGUGCUCUUGGAUGCCUUGAAUGUUCGUGCGGAUGCCAUUCUUAACUAAAGGAUAAUUAUUAAAGCGUUUGCAUUACUGAAGUUUUACCCCCAAUGUUGAUCAAUUAUGAAUGCUUUAGCUUUCAAAAACCGUAUUACUCGAUAAUCGAUUUGAUCUUUUAUUAUUUUUACUAUUUAAUCAUGAAUUUGUUACAAUUAUCAAUAUAGUCUGCAAUUUUGAUUGUCAAUAAAGUUGUCCAAUAAAGUUUAAAUGAUAACUAA